GCUGUGUUCUAGAAUGCCUGGGAGAAGUGGUGACUGGAGAGACCACCUUCUCCAGAACAGAGAGCAGUUGAUCAUUUAAAAAAAAAAAGUAGUAAUAUUGCUCCUACAGUGAUCCAACCACUAAUUCUGAUCAUUGAGGUAGCAUUCCACUCCAGAUGAGUUCUCAGCCUAGCUCUUCACAGUCAGACCGACAUCUCGAAAGUGUAAAUCUCAAGCCAAAUGUUAACACAGCUCCCCCUAGUGAAGGAAGAGGUCCUAGAGAUUCAGUAGAUAGUAGUCAAUUAGAUGGCUCGGAGCACGACAUAGAAACAGCUCAUGGCGUGGUACACGUCACCAUGCGAGGCUCACCAAAAGGAAACAGACCGGUUAUUCUCACUUAUCAUGACAUUGGCCUAAAUCAUAAGUCCUGUUUUAAUGCAUUCUUUAACUUUGAAGACAUGCAAGAGAUUACCCAGCAUUUUGCUGUAUGCCAUGUGGAUGCUCCAGGCCAGCAGGAGGGUGCACCCCCUUUCCCAACAGGGUACCAGUACCCUACCAUGGAUGAGCUGGCUGAAAUGCUGCCUGCCGUCUUAACUCAUUUAAGCUUGAAAGGUAUCAUUGGAAUUGGAGUUGGAGCUGGUGCUUAUAUCCUCAGCAGGUUUGCUCUCAGUCAUCCAGAGCUGGUGGAAGGCCUUAUGCUCAUCAAUGUUGACCCCUGUGCUAAAGGUUGGAUUGACUGGGCAGCCUCCAAAUUCUCAGGCUGGACAACUAACAUUGUAGACAUUAUUUUGGCUCACCACUUUGGGCAGGAAGAGUUGCAGGCCAAUCUAGACCUGAUCCAAACAUAUCGACUCCAUAUCGCUCAAGAUAUUAACCAAGAAAAUCUGCAGCUGUUCCUCGGUUCAUAUAAUAGUCGCAGAGAUCUGGAGAUUGAGAGGCCCACACUGGGCAAUAAUGACAACAGAACGAAAACUCUGAAGUGUCCUACGUUACUGGUGGUAGGAGACAGCUCACCUGCAGUUGAGGCUGUGGUGGAAUGCAACGCUCGCCUGGACCCUAUGAACACAACUCUACUAAAGAUGGCAGAUUGUGGAGGGUUACCUCAAGUGGUUCAGCCUGGGAAGCUGACCGAAGCCUUCAAAUACUUUGUGCAGGGAAUGGGCUAUAUCCCGUAUGUCCAGCUCAGCCACCUGAGCACCGAGUCAGUACCAGCAGCCAGUAUGACUCGGCUUCUGCGAUCACGCACCCACUCCACGUCCAGCAUAGGCUCUGGAGAGAGUGUCUACAGCCGGUCUCUCACCAGCACGCAGUCAGAAGGAACUCCAGGAGCCCUCGAGCCAGCUGACAUCCUGGACAGACCACAGACCAUGGAGGUGUCCUGCUAAACAGAUGCGCCUCUCCUGGACCCCUCCAAGUCCUCUCCCGACUGACCAGCCCCAUAAUAUAGCAUUUCAUCCAGCAAACUGGCAUUUACUGUCCUCACUCAUGCAUGGCCACUUGUAACCUCUUCAUUAGCCUGGAUUGAUGGUUCUUUCAGCCUUUCUUUUGUACAUACCCAGUGACCCCCCCACAUGGUCACCAUAACAUUCCAGUCUUAGCAGAUAUGUCCUUCCCUGUGCUUUCUCAACUAUUUAUCAGAUAAGAUUCUCUGAUCCUGAUUCUCUGUAUGUGUGUGUAUGUGUGUGUGUGUGCGCGCGCGUGUGCAUAGUUCUGUGAAUUUAGAAUCGCUUUCUUGUUAAGCUUCUGCAAAGGAAAAAAAAGGGACUUGUUUUUUCCUUUCUGUUUUCAGUGGUGUUUUCAGGGGAGAAAACACAGAAUCAACUUUGUUUGGCCAGGCCGAUGAGUUUUCUUGUGCUAUGUAGCUCUCUGUUCCAUUCAGUUGGUUUGCAAGCUUACUUGAAUUCAGAGUAGUGCUGAGGAAUAUAAAAGGUCAAAAUGAGUAUUUGUACCUCUCCUUCUUAAGGAUAAAGGGAAACCCUCUUGCACAUAGAGGAAAGGGAGGCCGGCCUGGUGCUUCUGUUCAAAUGAAUCCACAUACACUAUUUAUUCUACAGCCAAAUAAAAAGGGAGCAAAGUAUUCUCCACCGAGAGUCUGUGAGCAGUGGCAGUUCUGAUACAGAGUGGAGUCGUUUUUGUUUUUUGUGUUUUUUAAACUGCACAUAUGGUUUAAUUACCAGACUCUCUUUUGCUGCAGAAAUAUUGAAAGCAAAAUGCAGAGCUCUCACUCUCCAGGGCCCAAGGAGGCGUGGAGACUCACCUGGCCCUCACCUGCUGCUGCAGGAUAGAAGGGUCUGCCGUUCAAACAACACAUUAAGAAGCCCUCCUGUGGAUGGUGAGGGGCUCAUCUCAAAAGAAUCCAGUCCAGCUCUUCCCAAAGCGAGCAGGAAGCAGUUCUGUGGAUGAAGGGAGUUCUGUAGGCAUUAUCAUGGUACACUUAAUAUCACUGUGUCCAGGCAGACCUCAUGCAAGCUCCAUUAAAAAUGACAUUAAACAGUUGUCUGAAAGA